GUUACUUUUACAAAUGACUCGAUAGGAAAAUUUUAUACUAUUCAGUACACUCCAUCUUCAUCUUUAAGCAAGGAAUAACAAAAGAAAAAAAAAAAGAAAAAGAAAGAAAAAGAAAAAGAAAAAAAUGGUAGGACGUGUUCUUCAUAUUUUCAACAUUUUCUUCUUUUUGAUUUCUGUGUUUUUGGGUUCCCAAGUCCAAGGUCGGUCACUUUCGGUUAAGAAACCCGACCCGGAUAAUGCCGCUGCCACUGCUCGUUGGUUGGUCGCUCAGAACUCAUGGGGCGUCUUAAAUACCAUCUCAAGUGACUUGGGAGGAGCACCUUUUGGGAAUGUGGUCUCAUUCAGUGAUGGGAAACCUGGUAAAGGCAAGGGUAUCCCAUACUUCUACUUAACAACUCUUGAUCCAAGUGCCAGAUAUGGAUUGAAAGAUCCAAGGGCUUCACUUACAGUCAGUGAGUACCCUCUGGGAACUUGUGGGAAAAUAGACCCGGAGAACCCAACCUGUGCCAAGCUAACACUUACAGGAAAGUUUAAAUUAGUCGAUCCGAAAUCCAAAGAAGCAGAGUUUGCUAAAACCGCAUUGUUCUCGAAACAUUCAGAGAUGAAGGACUGGCCUAAGAGUCAUAACUUCCAGAUCUUCAAAUUAGAGAUCGAGAAUAUUUUCUUGAUUGAUUGGUUUGGUGGUCCUAAACCUAUCACUUCGGACGAGUACUUGCACCCCAAAAUGAAAGAAAUCGCCUACAUUAUGUGAAUUCUCUUCUUUUUGUAUUCGAUGACAAAACUACCGUCAAUGGGAUUGAUGAAAUUGUAAAUGUAAACAACUCCUAAUGUAUUGUUUACAUGUUGUACAGCAAUGCUUUGUCUUAUUAUCUUAUAAUAAUCAUUGUUGAUAAUUGUUCGGUGUUGAGUUUGUACCACAAAAGAUCUUGCUUGUCUUCCCUGUAAAUGUAAAACUAUUUAAUUGUACAUUGUUAUGCUCCCUAUAAUAA